AUGAUCUCAGUGAUACACUUGACCUUGAUUGUUUUGUUGGCAUACCUAAAUCCGUCUGAUGGAAAGUGCACCUUAGCACCAUUAGAUUCUGAGCGGCAUAUACGCCAGCCAAUAGCUUACGUUUGCAUCCACGGAGAUCUUCAGGAUUUGCAAGAUGUGCCCAGUAACACGGAAUGGAUUGAAUUCACAGUGUCACAUUUGCAUCAAAUUCCAGCUGAUGCGUUCUCCAGAUUCAACGAUUUGAAGCGAUUGACAUUCUACAAUUGCCAAUUGAGGGAUAUCAGCCAGGAUGCGUUCCGCGGGCUGGACAAUUUGGAAUGGUUGAUAAUGUCCAAUACCAAAAUGCAGGUAGCCAGAGCGGCGAUGUUCAAGCAUGUGAAGAAUUUGAAGCUACUGACAUUGGAUUCGGUGGAAUUGAGCUACGUUGAGCCGGAGGUCUUCCAAAUUUUGGGGAAGAAAUUGGAGUCGCUCAAUCUGAGGAACAACGACUUAAAUUGUCUGCCAAUUGAUGAUUUGGCGAAAAUGGGCAGGCUUAAGACCAUAAGGAUUGAUGAGAAUCCGUGGCUGUGUGACUGCAGAAGUGCUUUGGAGAAUUUGAUGGCCAAACACAGAAUCAGGCACGAAGGUGCUGUUGAUUUGAGGGACUAUGCUCGGCAAAAACGGUGGCAGUGGCAGUAUAAUGAGAGCUACUAUCAUCAAAGUAGUACCCGGGUUUAUGAUUGCAUGGCGGUUUUGCAGUACCCACAAUUGCCCUCGGUCAAGACAGUUGAUUCUUAUCAGAGCAGAAUUGAGUGGAGGGAAUCGACCACCAAUAGCAUUACUUAUCUAGACUAUUUGCCGGAUAAUAGUGGGUGGAUUGAAGUGUUCAAUGUUCAUAUUCCUAAAUUGAAACGCUAUACCUUCUUUAGAUUUGGAAAUAGUCUGAGGAGUAUUUUGUUGAAGGAUUGUGGGAUCAGGGAAAUUGAACCUGAAGCGUUUGCUGGGUUACAUAAGCUGGAAAGAUUGGCUAUUUCUGGAGCGCAGUUAACUGUUGUUGCUAAUUAUUGGUUUCAAGAUCUCACCAGGCUUACAGACCUGGUUUUAGAAAGGGAUUCUAUAGAAACUUUUGAAUUUGGCGCGCUUAAUCAUCUUCGGAAUUUAAGACAAUUGGAUCUUACGGGGAAUAGAAUUAAUUGCCUAGCGGUUGAAAAUUUGGAACAGUUGAGGUUGCUUCAACGAAUUGAGGCGAUGGAAAAUCCAUGGUACUGCUCUUGUAGAAGGAAUCUGGAAAAUUGGCUGUUAAAGAAUCAAAUUGGGUAUGGAAUGAGCAGUAGCAGAACUUCAGGGACCAGUUGCUUGGAUGAAAAUGAUACUUCAGUGGCUCGUCCGGUUACGGAUUAUACCUAUUACAAUGCAUCAUCCACUGGACGCAUCCGUUGGAGUUGGGGCUACGAAGUUCAAGCUCGAAAACCAGUAGAACGACCAACAACACUAGCGCCACCUGUUAUCAUAGACCGACCGUCAACGCCAGUGGUUAACCUAGGAGGUUGUCGUCCUGUUGCAUCGCAACAAUACUACCAUAACCCUCGAUACAAUCACCUAAAAGGUUUGACCUACGCUUGCGCACAAGGGUCACUGGCAGAUCUCAAAAAUGUGCCGCCCAAUGUCGAAACAAUAAUAAUUACCAACAAUGCAUUGCACACUCUAGAAAAUGAUUUUUUGAGGAAAUUCAAUGGCUACUUACGUAGACUCGAAAUACGGAAUUGUGCGAUUAAUACAAUCGAACAUGGCGCGUUUGCGAGCUUGUAUAACCUAGAAAGUCUUAUCAUACGUGACAACAAUAUUGGGACUGUGACCUUGGAUUGGUUUGGACGCGAUAUGAGGAAUUUGCGUCAUUUGGAUCUAUCUAGGAAUAAUAUUGGAAGAAUCGAGAAUAAUCUCUUUGAUUGCGUUCCUAAUUUGAUAAGUCUUGAUAUUUCAGAGAAUAAAUUGAACUGCAUUGGGGUUGAGCAACUUGAAAAGUUAAGGUACUUACGAGAACUAAGGAUCACUGGUAAUCCAUGGACUUGCUUAUGUGCAACGAGACUUGAACGGUUCAUUCAGAACAAAGAGAUUUCUUGUCCUAAUGGGUGUUUGGAUUCGGUGUUGUAUGAUAAUGGAAUGUCUACUUGGGGCGGGUGUCAUGUAGAUCGUCCAAGAAUUCCAACAGUUCCAUCAAUUUUCCGACCAACUUCCACGCCAACAAUCACCACUACAGAAGUUCCAAUAACGGAAGCUUAUAACGUAACUGGAACAUGUUCUGCAACAAACGAGCGCACCCACUACUUCUGCAACAACGGAGAUAAGUUUAUCAUAAACAACAUCCCCACCUACGUGCGUUCAAUUGAAAUUUACGACAGCCAUAUUCCGUAUAUUCCUGCCGGGUGGUUUUCGCGCUUUAGAAACCUAACUGAACUUACCAUCCGCGGAUGUUCUGUCGAAGACAUCGACCCUCGCGCAUUCCACGGCCUUUACAAGCUCGAAAAACUGGUGAUCACUGACAACCGACUAUCAGUGAUCCGCAACAGUUGGUUCCGCGAUUGCAAGUCGCUCUAUUGGCUAGAUUUGAGCAAGAACAACCUUAUGGAGAUAGAGGCGGGUGCUUUUGACAACUUGCAACAUCUUCAGUACCUCAAUAUCGAAGAAAACGCAUUCUUGUGCAUUUACACUGGAUAUUUUACGGAACAGGAUCAAAAUUGGCGAAGAUUGCCCAGACUAAAAGUCCUCGAGUUCGGCAACAAUCCGCUUAAAUGGAGGUGCUAUCAAGAAUUACGUCAGUUUCUUGAAGUUAGGACUAUUGGGUACACAUACUUCAAGUGUCCGCAUGACAGCAAAGCUUUGGUCAGAGAGUUGUUGAAUGAAAACAAAAUGGACGGGACUGUUCAAAGCGCGGGGUUCAAUUUGCGAUUUGAUCACUUUACUUUUCUUCUGGUCAUUUUGUUGUUUAAUAUUUUUUAA